AUUAUAUAAUUUAGUCAGUAUAUUUUUCGGUAGAUCUCCAAGCCGUGCGUUAUUCGGUCAAUCACUCUAGUCUUUGAAAUAUAUUGGAUGUGACUCAUGCUUUGACUCAAUGAACUUCCUGUUUCUAAUUAGUAAUUUAGUCAUGAACCUGACGACAGACCAAGGUCGAACCUUGCAUCAUUGUUUAUUUUAUAGCACUUACCAAAUGAAAGAUAAGGAAUUUAUGUAUCAGAUAGAGUUCGGCCAUCUUCGCUGCGUGUCUAGUACCAAAUGAUGUACCGAAAGAAUAGAGAGAUCGUAAGUGGAGAGAUUGCCGGUGAUAAUUUACUUAACAAUGUCAUUGCCAACACUUGGGAGGAUAAUGGAAGACGUCAUAGAAGAGGACGAGGAAUGGAUCGCAGAAACACAAUCGCUGAGGCCGUCCACGUCUUAUGAACACGGGCUCCACCAUUUCCACCCUCGAAAGCAGAGCAGCACCGCCUUAGAACGUAAACUUCGCCACAACCGAGAACACCCGCCACACUCUCUUCCCCGUCUUAGCGUAGUGUUGCCAACUAGCAGCAACUCCAGCGUCGACAAUAUCCCAACACCGCCACCUCGACGACAACCGCUUUCCCAUGGCGAUGAAUCAAUGACAGUGGUGCUCUCAGCGUUUUAUGCUAAAUUAUUAAUAAUUUUAGGUGUAGCAUUCCCUGUGACCAGCACUAUACAAAAUGAGCUGUACACAAAUAUCACAUCAGAUGUUUUCGCGAUGUACUUAUAUGUGGUCAGCAUGUCUUUUCUUGCAUACAUAUUUUAUCAUCUUCGGAUAGCGAAAAAGGAUAAAAAAGAGAUUGAGAAGCGUACUCGCUAUGGAAGUUUCUACCUCCACAUAGGAGUGGCUGGAUUCGGCGUGGGGUCCAUCAUCUACUCCUGUCUUCAGUUCGGAGAGUACUUCGAUCUUUCCGGAGAUUGCCGAAUGGCUAUCGUGGCUGUUAAACCAGCGCUGAGAAUAUUGUUCAUGGUUGCACAGACUGUCUUCAUAUUUUCUUAUACCCAUAAAUUGGACCGAAUGAGAGGCGUGAUAUUAGACAGGUUUGGUUUGAUGCAUUUAAUCGCAACAAAUGUUUGUGAAUGGUUUAACGUCGUCAUACAAGAGACGAGAGACGACAUUGUGGAGGUUGCGUAUGAGAGACCCACACUCCUGCGCUACGCCAACAUUACUACUGGUCACAAAACUAUCAUCACUGAUGAAAGUGAUAACUUGACUUUCGUUGAAACCCAGUCUACCAGCCAGAAUACUUCAGCAGAUUUAAAUUGGAGUUGUAAUGUAUCCGAUGUUGUAACACCAUUGAUAAGAAGCGUGAAUCCUUAUCUGCGUAACUGCGGAGUUGAAUACAGCCUUCUCUGUUCCGUGAUAUUAAUGGUCAUAUGGAACGACUUGUGCACUGUCCCAGGAAUGAAAUCAGUCAAAAAAGUACCUCAAGCGAUCGUCAAGGAAACAAAGCAAUGUUGUGAGCGCGUGAAAUCCAGCAAGCAUUUCUCCGUAGACUGUGGCAGCGCACACAAGGGCUUGUUCGUGGGUAUUGCCAUUCUGGCAGGCACUAUCGUUAGUCUGAUGCUUUUCAAUGGGCUGUUCCAAAACAGCAAACACGAGGAACUGGCGUUGUUACAGAUAAACAUAUGGGAAACUAUUCUCUUUAUAAUGAUGACGCUUGGCUCUGGUGCGUGUUUGCAACGCAUGAGAAAAUUGCCUUUACGUCGCGCGGUGUCUUCUCUGCCUUUGGAACAUUCUUUGUUGCUGGUCACUCAGUUUGGAGUAUAUCUUUACUACUUGUUCCAAAUCAUCGGCGCUGGCUUUCUUAUACAUCGGUACCCGGAAGGAAGGAGGGCAACUAGAAUUCUGUCACCACUUUGUGCCAUCAUCCAGAGCUCCUGUCAAACGUUGCUUAUCUUGGAUUCCUGGUGCCGCAGGUGUGUGGAGGCCACCACCGUCCACCGACCUGGUCGGCAGCUAGUUACCUUCCUUUUAGUAGGCAACUUCGCACUUUGGUUACUUAAUAGAGUGAAAAAUGCCAGAGCGGAAUUCCAUCCUUUGCAGAUGGAAUUCUUCGGUGUUUGGGCUUGGACACUAAUCACUCAUGUAUCGGUGCCUCUUUUAGUUUGCUACAGAUUUCAAGCCACAGUUUGUUUUUAUGAAAUUUGGAAAAAUUCUUACAAAAGAAAAAAGUACAGUAAUGAUAUAAGUCUUGAAGAAAUUGAAUUAAAAAAUCACCAUGUUGCUUAUAAUGUAAGAGCACAGUAA